AUGGCUGCCAGGCCAGUUGUAACUGUCUACAAUGAAAAGAACGAGCCCUCGGGUACUGAAGUCAAGCUACCAGCUGUCUUCCGUGCUCCCAUCCGUCCUGAUGUUGUGAGCUUCAUCCACGACCAGAUCGCCAAGAACAAGCGUCAACCAUACGCCGUCUCCGACAAGGCCGGUAAGUGAAUAUUAUUUAGUUUUGAUUCUGUUUUUAGGUCAUCAAACUUCGGCCGAAUCAUGGGGAACUGGACGUGCUGUUGCUCGUAUCCCUCGUGUCCGUGGUGGUGGUACUCACCGUUCUGGUCAAGCUGCCUUCGGUAACAUGUGCCGUGGAGGUUCUUUGGCCGCUCCAACCAAGACCUACCGCCGCUGGCACCGUCGUGUGAAUGUAGCUCAACGUCGUUUCGCCGUCGCUUCAGCUAUUGCCGCCUCUGGAGUUCCAUCUUUGGUUCAAGCUCGCGGACACGUUAUUGACAAGUUGAACGAGAUCCCAUUGGUCGUCUCUGAAAAGAUCGAGAGCUUGAAGAAGACCAAGGAUGCCGUCGCUUUCUUGAAGCGCGUCAACUUGUGGGACGAUAUCGAGAAGGUUGGUUUUGGUUUUUUAAGGUUAUUUUUCUUUUAGAUAUAUACUUUAUUAUUGUUGUUGAAUUUUAAAAUUAAAGGAAUUAUUUUUAGUCAAAAAGUUUGUUUGGAUGUUUUGUGUAAAUAUUUUGAUCUUUGAAAACCUAUUUUUUAUAUUAUGCAAUUGAAAGCUUUUACUAGCUAUUUUUAAUUUUUUAUCUUUUAGGUAUAUGCCUCCAAGCGCCAACGUGCCGGCCGUGGUAAGAGCCGCAACCGUCGCCACAAGCAAAAGCGUGGCCCAGUCAUCGUCUACGCUAACGAUGGUGGUUUGACUCACGCCUUCAGAAACAUCCCAGGUGUUACUCUCCAAAAGGUCACCGCCUUGAACUUGUUGAAGAUCGCCCCAGGAGGUCACCUCGGCCGUCUCAUCGUCUGGACCGAAGGAGCUUUCCGCAAGUUGGACUCCGUCUUCGGAACCUUCGCCCGCAAGUCCGACCAAAAGAAGGGCUUCAUCCUUCCCCGUGCCAAGAUGGUCAACUCCGACUUCAAGAGAAUCGUCAACAGUGAAGCCGUAUUGAAUGCUCUGGCACCAAAAUCAAUCAAGAGCACCGUUCGUAAAGUACACCGCAAUCCACUCAGACAAAAGAAGAUCAUGGCUCGAUUGAACCCAUACUCGGAAGUCAUUCGCCGAGCCGCUAUUUUGGCCUCCGCCAAGACAGCACAAAAAUAA